GGAAGAGGAGGACAUGGUUGGGUGGCAGGCCUGAGCUCAGAAGACUGGAGUGAGAUCAGGCAGCUGUGGGCCUUAGGAAAUCUCCUUGGACUGGCAGAUGGCCCAUUCUUGCAGCAGCAGCUGUGGGGUCCACUGGCCCUGAGCCCUCAGAGCUGUGGCUGUGGGGAGCCUCCUGUCUCUGGCCUUGCAACGGUCUAACUAGUGCUUUCUUCCUCCUAGGCAGCCAUGGAUGCCAGGUGGUGCUGAGAGCAGUGGGGCAUGGCUGCAGCCCUGCAGGUCCUGCGUCACUUGGCCCGAGCCCCCUUGAGCCCACUCCUCUGGGGGGGCCCAUUGGCCCGGCUGGCCAGUAGCAUGGCCCUGGCAGAGCAGGCACGGCAGCUGUUUGAGAGCACUGUGGGUGCCGUGCUGCCGGGCCCCAUGCUGCAGCGGGCACUGUCUUUGGACCCUGAUAGCGGGCAGCUGAAGGUGCGGGACCGGAGCUUUCAGCUGCAGCAAAACCUCUACCUGGUGGGCUUUGGCAAGGCUGUGCUGGGCAUGGCAACUGCAGCUGAGGAGCUACUGGGCCAGCAUCUUGUGCAGGGCGUGAUCAGCGUUCCCAAGGGGAUCCGUGCUGCCAUGGAGAGUGCUGGCAAGCAGGAGAUGCUGUUGAAGCCACAUAGCCGUGUCCAGGUAUUCGAGGGCGCGGAGAACAACCUGCCGGACCGAGAUGCCCUGCGGGCUGCUCUGGCCAUCCGGCAGCUGGCUGAAGGCCUCACAGCUGAUGACCUGCUGCUCGUGCUCAUCUCAGGUGGGGGCUCGGCCCUGCUGCCCGCCCCCAUCCCACCUGUUACACUGGAGGAGAAGCAGACACUCACCAAGCUGCUGGCAGCCCGUGGAGCCACCAUCCAGGAGCUGAACACCAUCCGGAAGGCCCUGUCCCAGCUCAAGGGUGGGGGGCUGGCUCAGGCCGCCUACCCUGCCCAGGUGGUGAGCCUGAUUCUGUCAGACGUGGUGGGGGACCCUGUGGAGGUGAUUGCCAGCGGCCCCACUGUGGCCAGCAUCCACAGUGUGCAAGAUUGCCUGCACAUCCUCAAUCGCUAUGGCCUUCGUGCUGCCCUGCCACGUUCUGUGAAGACUGUGCUGGCUCGGGCUGACUCUGACCCCCAUGGGCCACACACCUGUGGUCACGUCCUCAAUGUGAUCAUUGGCUCCAAUGCACUGGCACUGGCUGAGGCUCAGAAGCAGGCCGAGGCGCUGGGAUACAGGGCUGUGGUGCUGAGCACAGCCAUACAGGGAGAUGUGAAAAGUGUAGCCCAGUUCUAUGCGCUGCUGGCCCGAGUGGCUGGAGCCCGCCUCACCAUGCCUGGGGCUGGAGCCUCUGUGGAGGAGGAUGAACAACUCUAUGAACUGGCGGCUGAGCUCCAGCUCCCAGACCUGCAGCUGAAGGAGGCUCUGGGGGCCGUGGUGGGCACUCGGGGCCCGGUCUGCUUGCUGGCUGGUGGUGAGCCCACAGUGCAGUUGCAGGGCUCAGGCAAGGGUGGCCGGAACCAGGAACUGGCCCUGCGUGUUGGAGCAGAGCUGGGACGGUGGCCAUUGGGGCCUAUUGACGUGCUGUUUUUGAGCGGUGGCACUGAUGGGCAGGAUGGGCACACAGAGGCAGCCGGGGCCUGGGUCAGGCCUGAGCUUAUCAGCCAGGCCGCUGCCCAGGGUCUGGACGUGGCUGCCUUCCUAGCCCACAAUGACUCACAUACCUUCUUCUGCCGCUUCCAGGGUGGGGCACACCUGCUGCACACGGGGCUGACUGGCACCAAUGUCAUGGACGCCCACCUCCUGUUCCUGCAGCCGCGGUGAUAUUGUAGGUCACGUUUUGGGAACCUAGAGGAGGCCUGCAGGGCAGCGUCCUGGAGAAGACCAGGUUUGGUCCCCAGGGCCUUACUAGGCAUUAGGGCCUCUCCUCUCCUUGGCCCUAGCUACAUGGUUGGCCCUCACACCUCCAAACCAGGGCCUCUGCUUUGUGUCCAACUCCCCAACCAGACAGGCAGAUGGGGGUUCUCUUCCACCCCUACUUUCAGCCAUGGCAGCGGGUACCCCUGAGGACCAGGACGAGCCCCUAGGCCAAUUUGCUGCUCCCAGUGUUUUCCCCCAGGCAGCCCCUCUGCUCAGCUCCUGAGCCUGUUUCUUCUGUGGGGUGAAACAGGAAGGACUGAAAAUAAAAAGGACCGCACUAUGGGUUCUCAGUGCUUCUUCCCUUACAGCAAAGGUUAGCGGGGAGCUGCCGGGAAGGGGAAUGGUGUUGGGCAGCAGCCCCUGUGCCAGGGCCCUGCAGGAGUUCUCCGUACCCAUCUCUGCAGGGCACUUGCUUCACUUAAACAGGAGCUUGGGAGGGUUGAGCGUGGCUCCCAACACGCUCGAUGUGGGUGAGCAGAGACCCCAGGGAGGACAGGCCUAAGAACUUUAGUCUCUGAGGUCUGGGAGGGACUGGCCACUCAUUCAACUGUCACUCUCCCCUGUGGCAUCCCUGCUGAGGUCUCUCCACCCUGUGAUGUGUGCCUCGCUGGGCACAUGCUUACUGCCUGCCACCAAGGACUUCCCUCCCUUCUGUCUUUGGACAGCCCUUAGACAGACUGUACUUUCUUUGGUUGAUAAACCCCUGUUUAUCCAGGGGUUACCCCCAGCCACACAGGACACUGGGUGUUGUUUCCUUGUGCCAGACCCAUUUUCCCAGGCUGACCCACUCCCUGCCCCCAGAUCCUUUAGCUGUUCCUCUGGGAACACAGUCCAGUUCCUGGUGCCAGCCUGCAGUGGGGGUCUCCAGUGCUGGGAUGGUGGGUCAGAGCAGUGGUGGGGUCCAGCAGCCCCUCUCCCCUUCUCCUGUCACGGCUGGCUGGGAAGAGGCCAGUGGGGAGGGGAGCAAUAGAGGAAGGGCUUCCUUAGCCAGGCUAGCAGACUGCACUGGGAGAAGGUGGGGCCGCUGUCCUGGCUCUCCUUGGGCCCCCUUGUUCAGUGUUCGAGCCCUCCGCUGGCUGCCCCCGCCGUGCGCCACGGCUCC